AUGAGCGGCAAUACUUCCACCAAUUUCGCCCCACUUUCGCCUCCUCGGGCUCGAUCCUCUUCUGGCACUGCCGACGAUCUCGCCCGGAGGAUCCGUGCCAGCGGCGAGUCCAAGCAUCUGGCUGAGGCAAACCGACUGGACGCCGAGAUCGCAGUAAGCAGCGAGCAUCGCCGGGACAGAUAUCUCGCCAAUCUACUGAUCGAGGCGUUUGGAAAAUGCGAGUGCCUGGCAUCCGCGCGGAGGGUCUUUGACUCGAUCGAUGAGCCAAACAUCUUCUCAUGGAGCAUCAUCAUCUCCGCCUAUGCCCAGAAUGGGCAAGUGGAAAUUGCGAGGGACUUGUACGAAGGAAUGCCUACUAAGAAUGUGAUCUCCGGGAACGCGCUCAUAGCGGCAUAUGCCCAGAGCGGGAAUAUCCAGGCCGCCACGUCGAUGUUUCGCCUGAUGACUCAGCGCGACAUUGUGACGUGGAAUACCCUGCUGGCUGCAUAUUCCCAGCAGGGGCAUCUGGCAGAUGCGAAGAGAACCUUUGGUUCUAUGCCCGAGAGAGAUGUAGUAUCGUGGACGACAAUGCUGGGAGUCUACUGUCAAGAUGGGAAUCUUGAGGGAUCCGAGAGAAUCUUUAACUUGAUGCCUGAAAAGAAUAUUGCCUCGUGGAACGCGCUCUUGGCCGCAUAUACCCAAAACAGGCAUCUUGAUGGUGCUAAAGAGACGUUUGCUUUGAUGCCUUAUAGGAAUCUCGUGUCGUGGACGACGCUAAUGGAGGCUUAUGCAAAAUCCGGGAAUCUUUCAGACGCCAAGGAGACGUUCGACCAGAUGCCGGAAAGGAAUCUUGUGUCGUGGACCGUCAUCCUGCUAGCAUAUGCCCAGCUUGGGCAUAUGGACAAUGUCCGCGAGAUGCUGGAUGAGAUUCCCCAGACGGACUCGGUGCUCCUGACUGCCAUGAUCACCUCAUUUGCCCGCAGCGGGCAUCUGAUGGAAUCCAAAGACAUCUUCUUCGGCAGGAUGAAAGGGUGCAAGAGCCUCGUCUCGUGGAACGCAAUGCUGGACGCGUACGCGCUGAACGCGUGCUACGAGCAAGCGCUGAAGCUGCUCGAGUUCAUGAGCUGGGAGGGCGUCCGGCCCGACGCCUUCACCUUCGUCACCAUCCUCACGGCGUCGAGCCACCUGGGCGAGAUCGAGAGGUGCAGAGAGGCUUUCGUCUCCAUGGCGCAGGAUCACGGGAUGACCCCGGAGCUGGAGCAUUACAGCUGCAUGAUCGACAUUCUUGGGCGCGGUGGGCGACUUGACAAAGCCGAGGAUCUCAUCCGAAACAUGCCGUUUCAGCCCGAGCCGGUCCUGUGGCUCACUCUGCUGGCUGCGUGUAAGAUGCACGGGGACUUGGAUCGAGCAGCUCGCAUUGGAGAGGAGGUGUCGAGGCUGGAUCCUCAGCGCGGAUCUACGUCAUAUGGUACUGCAUUGCAACAGGUGAUUCGUUCCAAAGACAUCUGUCGAGCAAAAUCAAUUCAUGCAAAGCUUCAGGACAAGCAGCAAGAUGGAAACACAUUCCUUGGGAAUCUCCUGGUGCAAAUGUACGGAAGCUGCGGCAGCAUUCAGGAAUCGAGGCUGGCCUUUGAUACCAUCCAGCGGAAAAACGUCUUCUCAUGGAACAUCAUGGUGUCCGCAUUUGCCCACAAUGGGUAUUUGCAGGAAACUAUGGCGGCCUUUGGAAAAAUGCCCUCACACAAUGUUGUGUCGUGGAAUGCAGUGGCGGCAGCGCUGGUUCAGAGUGGGAGCUUGGAAGACGCACGGCAGGUGUUCUUGAGGAUGCCCGAGAAAAACCUCGUGUCAUGGAAUGCUCUUCUUGGUUUACAUGCCCAGGCAGGGCAUUUGGUGGACGCGAAGCAGAUCUUUGAUGAGAUGCCCCAAAGAGACGUUGUAUCAUGGAACACCCUUCUGUCAACCUUUGGACACGACAGAAAACAACAUUCUAUUGAUUCCGCAAUGCUCGUGUUUGAUCGAAUUCCGCAGCACAGCGUCGUAACUUGGAAUUCAGUGAUUACCGCGAAUGCCUUGGCAGGACAUCUUGACACUGCCAAAGCUCUGUUUUUUGGAAUGCCGGAGAGGGACGCUGUCUCUUGGAACUCCAUCGUUGCUGGUUUCGUGCAAGGCGGGCGGAUAGCCGACGGCAAGAUCAUCUUCCGGAGAAUGCCAUUCCAGGAUCUUGUAUCACGGAACGCUGUGGCAGCGGCAGAUGCGCUGGAAGGGGAUCUUUGCUUUGCAUUGCGGCUGUUCGAGCAGACGCGCAGCGCGAUCAUGGGCACGGCGCUCAUCUCCGCCUACACCGCCUCCAAUCGCCUCGAGGAAGCGCGCAAGAUCUUUGCGAUGAUCCAAGACCAGGACGUGAUUUCCUGGACGAGCAUGAUCGCGGGCUGCGCAGCGAACCAGCAGCUGGGCGAAGCGAGGCUGCUCUUCGAUCGAAUACCGCAGCGCGACACCAUCUCCUGGACCUCGAUGAUCGCAUCCUACGCUCAGGCCGGGGACCUCCAAGAAUCCAUGAGCCUCUUCUCCGCGGCGCCCCACCGCGAUGGCGUCUCCUACAAUGCCAUGAUCCAGGCCUACGUCGUGAGUGGCAAGCUCAAUCAAGCCCGGGCGUUCUUUGAGCAGAUGUGCGUGGAUGGGCAGCACAAUCCCGGAUCCUGGAACACGAUCAUCGCGGCAUACUCUCAAAUCGGCCAGAGCCAGGAAGCGCUGAGAAUCUUUCGCCGAAUGGAUCUGGAGGGCGUCCCAGCGAACGGCAUUACCCUGAUUUGCGCACUGGAUGCUUGCACCAGCAUCGCGGCGCUGGAGCUCGGCAGGAUCAUCCAUGCCCACGCCAUUGCCGCGCGGCUCUUCCGCGACGUUGGCGUCGCGACGCAGCUCAUCGACAUGUACGCGAAAUGCGGCAAGCUCCGCGACGCGCGGCGCGUCUUCGAUAAAAUGGAGGAGCGAAACACACUGACGUGGAACACGGUUAUUGCGGCGUACCAAGGCCAUGGUCAGAAUCCGUGCGACCGUACAGGUCACGUUUUGGGCCUCUUUCUGGCCAUGGUGAGCGAGGGAUUCGAACCCAGCGACGUGACAAUGCUUAGCGUGAUCUCUGCGUUUAGUCACGCUGGGCUCUUGGAAGAGAGCUCGCAUUACUUUGUUUCUAGCUCCUGGGAUUUUGGAGUGGCGGUGAAGCUCGAUCACUACCAGUGUGUGAUUGAUCUCUUGAGCCGGCUUGGAGAGCUGGGGACUGGCGAGGAACUCGUCGAGAGAAUGCCGUUUGAACCCGACUUAACUGCGUGGAAAACGCUGUUAAGCGCAUGUAGAGUUCAUGGAGAUUGUGAACGAGCUGUGAGAGCUGCUGUGAAUAUUUUGGAGCUUGAUCCGGACGAUGGUUCUAUUUAUGCACUAUUGGCUAACACCUACACAUCCGAUUUGGAGUUAAAAACUUCAAACCAAACAUUGCAUUAG